AUGGCGUACCCGCAGACGACUUUUGCGCAUACUACAAUCGACGAAGAUUGUCUGAUAGGCCGAAGGCAGAAGGCAGUAUGCGCAAAUACUCUAACAUAUCAGUUGCAGGUGCUCAAGCAGACGGGUCGUUAUGACGGCUUCAAGCUCAAAUGGCACCCGGUCUACGACGAGCCGCCACUGGUCUGGCCUAUACCAAAUCACCUUUUCUGGGACUCUGAUGUGGCCAAAUGGAUUGAGGGAGCUUGCUAUUUUCUGAAGCAGCACAGUCUCCCAGAAGUUGAGCAGGCAAUCACAGAACUCGUGGAGAUGAUCAUUGGAGCACAGCAGGAGGAUGGUUAUCUCAACAUUCACUACACUGUCGUUCAGCCCGGCAAACGCUUCACUAACCUGCGAGACAUGCACGAGCUCUACAAUUGUGGCCACCUGAUCGAAGCCGCGUUAGCUCACCAUGAUCUAUACCACAACGACCAGCUGAUGCGGCCAAUUUUGAAAUACGUGGACCUUCUCUGUCAGACGUUCGGGCCUGGCCUUGAGCAGCUCCACGGAUACCCGGGCCACCCUGAGAUCGAGCUUGCCCUACUUCGUCUGUACGAGCGCACUGGCGACAAGAAGCAUCUGACUUUGGCUCGUUUUUUCAUCACCGAGCGAGGCACCAAGAGUCAAGAAGGUCUGAACUAUUUCGACUGGGAAUCACUCAAACGUGGCGAUGAUCCCGCGAAACGACCUGCUUUCUACCCAGAGCCUCGCUGCUUGUGGUAUCACCAGGCUCAUGCACCAAUUGCAGAGCAAGAGACCAUCGAAGGUCAUUCAGUCCGCGCAAUGUACCUUCUUAUCGGUGCCGCCGACCUGGUACGCUUAGACCCUCAGUUCUCAGGCACAAAACUGGAGCAAGCAAUCUACCGACUUUGGCAUAACAUGAUACAGCGAAAGAUGUAUGUCACUGGCGGUGUAGGAUCCAUCAAGCAAUGGGAAGGAUUCGGACAGGACUAUUUCCUGCCCCAGGGCUCGGAAGAAGGCGGUUGCUAUGCUGAAACAUGUGCAUCUAUCGGUGUCAUGAUGUUAGCACAACGUCUAUUACAGAACAAGCUCGAUGGCAGCUUUGCAGACGUGAUGGAGUUAUGCCUGUUCAACACCGUCCUCACCUCAAUGUCCUUUGACGGCAAAGCGUUCACCUACGACAACCAGCUGGCAUCCUGCGAUGCAGAUCUGUCUAAGCGCUGCGAUUGGUUCACGGUCUCCUGUUGUCCGCCCAAUGUGUCGAGACUGCUUGGGCAGAUCGGUGGGUACGCCUGGUUAUACAACAUCGAUGGCGCAAAGUCAUCGGCUUCGGUGGUGGCUCAUUUGUACGUGGCAAGUACGUUGCAGUUCUCGGUGACUGACAAAGACGUACGAAUAACGCAAAAGACACAAUACCCCUGGGUCGGCGACAUAGAUUUUGCACUCAGCAACACUGGAGUUGAAGUUGAACUGAAGCUGCGCAUUCCUGGUUGGGCAUCAUCUUACAAUCUUGAACCACCUUGCAACGAAGCGACACUGUCCGAUGGGUAUCUCACUCUACCUGCGAAGUGGCUGGCAAAUCAUCAGUCUUUUCGCCUAUCGAUCCCGCUUAAGUCAAGAUGGAUCGCUCAGCAUCCCUUCGCCAAUCAGCACACCCUCUCUCGAGCGCGAGGUCCUGUCAUAUAUUGCGUAGAGGACUUCGACAAUCCUUGGGUCAAUGAUCACUUCAAGAGCGUCCAUCUCGACCAUGAAGGCACCUGGGACGAAAUAGAAACAACAGACGACGCCACUGGAGAUAAAUAUGUUGCAUUGACGUUGCACAAUGGCGCAAGGAGACUUGACCCAAAAGUUGUCGCGGGCAGCCCUGUCAUUGAUGCGAAGGAGCUGCAAGCCCAUUUGGAAGCAUCGGAGAGGAUAGAAACGCUCAAGUUCGUGCCAUACUAUUUCCGAGCAAACAGAGGCGGCAAGGGGCACAUGCGAGUUGGUUUGAAGCGAUAG